AACCAUUCUGCCCCCAACCUCCGGCACAGCUUGGCGGACUCUCCUUAACGGGAGCCAUUUUUUUGUGCAAGUUUUUUUAGUUUUAGUUUUCUUUUAGCUUUCCUGCGUCAACGGGUUAGCCAAAAAGAAAUACAAAAAAAAAAAAAAUUCCAAAAAUUUGUGCGAAAGACUUACUACUUUGCAAAGUAAUCAGUGUGUCGUGGAAAUAGUGAUUGUCAACAGGCUCAUACCACGCCAGUUUAAACAAGUAUUGAUUGAAAAUAAUAGUGAAAAAACAGUAAAAUGGGGCGAGACGUGGCCUUCUUCGUCUUGGCAUUACUCGCCAUUUGGCACAACCCUGUUUGCUCCGAAACUGCUGAUCUCGAAUUGUUGCAUGAUUCCGAUAGCCAGCAUCACAGCCUUUGGUCACCGAGGGUGUUAAGCAAUGGCAGCAAAGACAGCCAGGGCCAUUGCUUGUGGUACGGCACGUGUAACGAUUGUGACUACGCUUACAACUAUGCCUACCAAGGUGAUGCCAUGCCAGUUACUGAAACCGAUUUGCAAGCCCUCGAAUCCGUGUGCCCCGAACUCCUUGACCAGUUUGGUCCUGGAGAAGAGCCGCAUUUUUGCUGCGACUCGAGGCAAAUCAACGAUCUGAUCGUGAAUUUUGGCCAAGCCCUCAAUUUGGUGGGACGAUGCCCGAGCUGCGCGCGCAACUUGCGCAUGAUCUUUUGCUCAAUGACGUGCGAUCCUCAUCACAGCCGAUUCCUCGCGUACAACACGACCAUAGAGCACGCCACACCAGAACCGAUCACAAAUUCGACGACUGUCGUCAAAGCGCUUAACUAUUACAUUGAUGACACGUUCGUCACAGAGAUGUACGAUUCGUGCAAGGAAGUCACGAAUCCAUCGUCCAACAGUCUCGUCAUGCCCACCAUUUGCGGUCAAUGGGGCGAAGAUUGCUCCCCGCAUCGACUACUGGAUUUCAUGGGUCAAGGCAUGAGCAGCGGUGGCUUCUCUCCCUUCGAUAUUUACUUCCAGUACAUCCCGCAUGGCGAACCGGUUCCGAAUCCCGAUGUGAUCGAAGCUUUUGACCCUCAAGCUGUUCCAUGCUACGAAGCUAUUAGUAACACGAGUGGAGCGUGUUCCUGCGUCGACUGCACCGGCAGUUGCCCCAAACCGAAACCGUGGCCACCGCUACCAGAGCCGUGGACCGUCGGUUCUAUGUACGGUGUCUCUUUCGUCAUGUUGAUGGUCUUCCUCGCAGUUUCCGCCACCUUCUUGGUGACUCUUUUCUGGAAAUGGCACGUCGAUCGCGUCGUUAUACUGGACGACGGGCUGGAGACGAUCAGCCGAGGGUGGGAUUCGGUGGGGAGGCGCCUUGCCGGCGCCGCCACGCAUAAUCUCUCGCUACCGGCCCUCGAUGAUGAAGUAGAGCCAUUGCACCAACCUAAAACCACUGCAACUCCCACUUCGGCGACACAAACUUCUUCUUCUGGCCAAGGACCAGCUCAACACUCGAACAGCCAUUCACGCGGAGUCAAACGUCGUUCGCUGCAGCCGACCAUCUCUACGACGUCGUCUACCGACUCGCAAUAUGAAUACGUUCAGGGCUCGUUCAUGGAACGAGCAGGAGCGUCCAUGGAAAAGGCGCUCGAAUCAUUCUUCACCGCGUGGGGCACUUUUUGCGCUAGAUGGCCGUGGAUGGUCCUUUUCCUGGGUAUUUCGGUGGCCACCGCCCUGACCGUGGGCGUUAUCUACCUGGAAGUCACCAUCGAUCCGGUUGAGCUUUGGGCUGCCCCCGAGAGUCGCUCCCGUCAAGAAAAAGACUAUUUCGAUAAGAGUUUCACCCCUUUCUAUCGCACAGAGCAGGUUAUCCUUCACGCCGAAUAUAUUUCAGGCUUUGACUAUGAAACCUUAUCAGGCACCAAAAGGUUCGGACCCGCCUUUAGACUUGACUUCCUCCUUGAAGCCCUUCAUUUACAACACGAUAUCGAAGCCAUAAUGGGCGAUGAGUUGAACACAACGUUGGGUAACAUUUGCUACAAGCCCAUGGCCCCCGAUGUCAACGAAUGUACCAUUCAGAGCGUCUUGGGUUGGUGGCAGGGCCGUGAAGACUAUUUGCUCAAAUCUGUUGUUGGCACUACGAAUGGCUAUAAUUACACCUACUUGGAUCACGCCAUCUACUGUUCCAAGAAUCCACUGAUGCCUUACGACAAUAAUUUCAAAUGGCAAAAUGAAACUACCGGUGCCUUGGAGCAAAUUGGUUGUUUGGCUGAAUACGGUGGGCCAGCAUUCCCCUACGUCGUUCUCGGAGGUUUCCGCAAUGGCGAAAACGAAAGCGUCAGCGACGAAUCUCUGUACAUGAACGCCACCGCCCUCAUUUUAACUUUCAUCGUCAACAAUAAGGCAGACAAAGACCUUUUGGGCCCGGCUAAAGACUGGGAAAAGAAAUUUUUGGAAUACAUGAAAUACUGGAAGGAAAAUAAGAUGCCAAAGUACAUGUCGGUAGCCUACAUGGCCGAACGUUCCAUUGAAGACGAGUUGACUCGUGCAAGCCAGUCGGACGUUAUUACCAUUGCCAUAUCGUAUUGCAUCAUGUUUGCGUAUAUUGCCAUCGCUCUCGGCCAAGCUCGAUCCUUCUCCAGGCUAUUGGUGGACAGCAAGAUUACCCUGGGUAUUGGUGGCGUCAUCAUUGUGCUCUUGUCCGUCGUCGCAUCCAUCGGUUUCUACGGCUACAUUGGAGUACCUGCUACCCUUAUCAUCAUUGAAGUUAUUCCCUUCUUGGUAUUGGCUGUCGGUGUCGACAAUAUUUUCAUCUUAGUCCAAACCUACCAACGUGAACCCCGCCGUGCCAACGAGACGCACGAGGAACAUAUUGGCCGCAUCGUCGGUGAAGUGGCUCCGUCUAUGUUGCUCUCCUCCAUUUCAGAAGCCUUUUGCUUUUUCCUUGGGGCGUUGUCGGGAAUGCCUGCCGUCAAAGCGUUUGCGCUGUACGCUGGUAUGGCCCUGCUUCUGGACUUUUUGCUGCAGAUGACCUGCUUUAUCGGCCUGUUCUCGCUCGAUACAGCUCGGCAAGAGAGCAAUCGCCUGGACAUUUGCUGUUGUGUCCAAGUCGGAAAGAAGAACGACCCUAAAGAUGCCGCUGCUGCCGAAGGGGCACUGUACAAACUAUUCCAGGACGCUUAUGCGCCAUUCAUUUUGUCGAAACCCAUGCGAGCUGUUGUCAUGGUCGUUUUCUUCGGUUGGCUUUGCGCUUCAAUUGCUCUGACACCUCGCGUUGAAGUUGGACUUGAUCAAGAACUCUCUAUGCCUGAAGAUUCGUACAUGCUGGAUUAUUUUGCCUAUCUCGCCAAGUAUCUUUCGGUCGGUGCCCCGGUUUACUUUGUCGUGAAAGAGAGCUCUUACAAUUACACGGAUCAGCUUGCACAGCAAAAACUUUGCGGCGGUCGUGGAUGUGACACCGAUUCCCUCGUCACGCAAAUCUAUUUGGCCUCCAAGAACAAGAGCCGUUCGUACAUUGCUGCUACGCCAGCUUCCUGGAUAGACGAUUACCUCGAUUGGUUUAGAAUUUCUGAGUGUUGUAAAGUCAAUGGCAUUACCGGAGAUUUCUGUCCAGCCUUCCAACCAGAUCCUUUCCUGGACUGUGUUGAAUGCGACAAAACAUUCAUCGACGAGGAAAAACUAUGGCCCGACCCAAGGACGUUCAACAACUGGCUGCCCACUUUCUUGAUCGAUAACCCCUGCGAAUUGUGUCCAAAAGGAGGUCACGCAGCGUAUGGACAGGCGUUGGUUUAUAACGGCGCUCAAGACAAUUUGACAGUUGGAGCUAAUUACUUUAUGACCUACCACUCAAUCCUCAGGACGUCAAAAGACUUUUACUCAGCACUGAUUGAAGCCCGAGUCAUUUCCGAUAGUAUAUCCGAAACUCUGUCUGCAGUUGCCAAUAGCACGGUGGAAGUAUUCCCCUACAGUAUUUUCUACGUCUAUUACGAACAAUACUUGACGAUGUGGCGCGAUGUGAUCAUCAGUCUCAGCAUCUCCAUUGCGGCUAUAUUUGUCGUGACGUUCAUCCUCCUCGGUCUUGACAUCCAUUCAUCGGUCGUUGUUCUCAUCACAAUUAUCAUGAUUUUGGUCGACCUGUUCGGCCUCAUGUACUUGUGGGACAUUACGCUCAAUGCAGUAUCUCUCGUCAACCUUGUCAUGGCUGUCGGUAUCUCUGUGGAAUUCUGCAGUCACAUCGUCCGUGCCUUUGCCGUGUCGAUUGAACCCACUCGCAUUGCCCGAUCCAAGGAAUCUCUUGUCAGAAUGGGAAGCUCGGUUUUGUCUGGCAUCACGCUGACCAAAUUCGGAGGAAUCGUUGUUUUGGCUUUUGCCAAGUCGCAGAUUUUCCAAGUCUUCUACUUCCGCAUGUACUUGGGUAUCGUGUUGAUUGGUGCAGCCCAUGGCCUCAUCUUCUUGCCAGUCUUGUUGUCUUUCAUCGGACCUGGCGUAAAUCGUCACAAGCUAUACUUGAAGAACAGUAAAUCAGGGGUCGUAUGUUCGUCGCCGACGCAAAAUCUAAAUAAUCCGCAAUUUUAUGAUAUUCCGAAAGAGGGACGUGAUGAUGAGAUCCACCGCCAUAAUGCCAGGGUUGAUGUUCAUCACGAGACUGACGUGGCGUCGCAUCCUCCCUCAUAAUUGCCGUUCGUUCCAGACUGUCGUUGAUGGAUGGAAUGCGAAUCAUGCAUAGAGCACGAUAUCCAUUACUGUCGCUUGUCUUAUCUACCCCUCUCCCCCUUUUUCCUCGUUUGCGGUCCCUCUUAUAUUCCCCAUAUGUUGUUCUGCAACGCAUGUCGAAGUGCGUGUGCUCAUAUAGAUUGCUAUUGUAAUUUUCAUUUUCAUUGCGGUUUCCUUGAAUGUAAAAUCUCCGCCUCACUUAUGUUCCAAGUGUUGGAUGGUAAAUGUCACUUAACAAAAGUAUUCCUCGUCCUUCCCCCAUUUUUUUUUUCAUUUGAUUUCAUCUUCUGAAUUCAUUUCAAAAAGUUUAAUUUUUUUUAACAUUCCCGUCGUCAGAGAUUUUUUUUUUCCUUUCUUUGGAAUGAAGUAAUACCUACAGUUUGAGAUUCAAUGUGUAAAAAAAAAAUAUUAUUAUUAUCCCAAUAUUUUGGGCGUACCUAGUCGGCUCUGAUAAUUCGUAUUAACGCCGAUAGAAUUGUUUUCGAUGAUAUCGUCACGUCUAUGAAAAUCAACUUCUAGCAAUUUUCCCGUCUACCUGCCUUUGCCCUUGAUCCUUUCCUCGUUUGUUGUCGCUAGUGUUAUUCCGUGUGCUUAUCAGAUAUGAGUACGGUCGUUCAACAUACACUGCUCCCAUACGAACAA